CGAUCAAAAACUUUAUGGAAUCUGUAAACUUCCCGGAAAUCAAAAUCGCGGUAAAGAAAAUAUGAUCAAUACCAAAACUGCCAUUUUAAUUUAGAAAAGAGCAGAACACAGAGUUGGAAGUUAUUCAAUGCAUUUAAUGUAUUUAUUUUAGAAACAAUACACAAUACUACACUCUUCCUUAAAACCGGCAAUUUGUGCAUUCGGACACUGAUAAACCAAUCAAAUAAAACCCUCUAUUCAGCUACAGAUUCGAGAAUACAAAUACUUGAAUGUAACACGUAUUUUAACACGUUGUCAUAGUUUAGUAAGAGAAAACCAAAACAACAGCAAAACAAAAACAAAACCCCUAAGCAUUUAAACGUUCCCAAUUGUAAUGUCUAGAACCUAAGGGCAAGCUGUAAGUUUCCACAAAACCUAUAAACACCAUACACACAAAAAUAUACAGACAUGCGACGAGCAUAUUGUACGGAUUACACAAUUACAUAAUUUUUAGUAUUAUUAUACAAUUAAGAUGUAUGUUGUAUUUUACAUUUGACGUACAUUAAAUGAUUUCCGCUUAAGUCAAGUAACCAUGUAUCAAUAUUGCCCAGCGCAAGUAAAGAUUAUCGAAUAAGAUCCCGGAAAAUACAAAAAACACAAGAAACCCAGUUGCCAGUCAAUCAUCGAGCUCCGUUGAUGGUUGUCUCUGUCGUUUGCAAAAUUUUGUCAAUAAACUUCAAGUGGUUUUAUGUACGAAUAAGCGAGUAUCAAAACUAAUUGUUUUUUUAAUAAGUCUUCUUGGUCAAACCGACAGUACUACCUAUUUUUACCGAAGCAAUCUUGAAUUUCAUAAUCAAUCCCGUUGAUAAACAAUCUAGUUCAAAAGAAUGAAACUAAAAGUGUUCCUGUGGCACGUAUGGUAUUCCCCUAUUUGGAUUGUAGCCCUUCAGCUCCAUAUCGUUAAGUCCCAGACUUCCUCUUCUAUGGGGAAGUUUAGUAUACAAAAUAGGUAUGUAGAACCAGAAAGCAGAUCGAACGACAAUCAGAACGACGGGGAUGUGGACUCUUGGCGUCCAAUCACAUAUUUACCCCAUGUUUUUACUGGAUUCGUGGUCUCAGACUCGGAGAAUGUUCCCCAAGGAUAUAUAUCCCAGGAUGGCAAUGACAUUGGAUACAAGGUAAAGGAUGACGACUGGAAGGAGUAUUUGGCAUCCCAGACGGGCCUGAAGAUAUUAGUCCUUCUACUGGUUCUUCUCUUUCUGCUGAUGCCCAUCUUUGGGCUAAUCUAUGCCGUCUGCUGUGCGCGCUGUAAGAACACCCAGAGGUCCAGUAAAGGCAUGCGCUACUGCUGUGGCCUUCUAUUGGCCCUUUUGGCAUUGCUGAUGCUUUUAUUUCUAAUUUUUGCCAUAUUGGCGGCAACUCAGCUGCAUAAAAACUUGAAGCACCUCAAAGCGAUCGGUUGUCAUGCCGGUAACUCCAGCAAAUCAAACGAGGACUACAUAUACCAAAGAGCAUCCGAUCGUAUGCAUCAACAGCACAUCAUCAACUACGAUCGGAUAGUAAAAAGGAUCCAAAGUGCUCUCAACCGCGAACCCACUAUUAGCAAUCCCAAUAGGGAGCCGGAAGUCCUUGCCAAAGCUAUUGAGCGGCUGAGUGUGGUGUUGCAGAAUAUGCGAAGGAUCACGCCAGUUGUGCAAAGGAUCAAGAAUGAGUUGCUCAAUGCGCGACGUUUGGCCACUCAGUUUCGGGAUGCGUUACGUGGCGUGAAACGCGAUCUCAUGGUGUUACUAACAUUCCAAUGCAAGCAAAGGGAGUGCCAAGACUUCUACCGUGCGAAUGAGAUCAUGAUGCUCGACAUGGGCUGUUUGCAUUACGAUAGUCUACCAGACUUUGAAUCACUGCUUGCAUCUGUUCAGGAAGUAAUAGACAGCAAGUUUAUUAGCUACCCAAUUCUAGCAGUUAAGCAGUUGCGACAGGUUUCCAGGGUGAUGAAAGAUCGCAUGAGUGACCUAUUAGACUCCAUUGAAAAGGACCUGAACAAAGGAGCCAAGGAGCUGAACGAGAGGCACGACGCAUCCUUGAAAGUCUUGCGUCGCGUGGUUGAGGAGAUGAAGAAGGAUAUGCCGGUGGUGGUCAAGUCAAAUGCUGGAUCUGGAUCUACUCCAGGCGCUGCCUUGCGUAGGAAGCUCGGAUCCUGGUGGUUCGGAUACACGUUGGGCUUCAUUGUGUUAUUAAUGCUGGUGCCGCUUAUUCUGCUCCUUGGUCUUCUGAUAGCUUUGUCCAGUCCGAAAGUAGCCAGUUGGCUGCUCUGUGCCGUCCUGGUUGUUCUUUUCAUCCUGUUCUCGGUUGGAAUCAUCCUGGUGCUCUUCUAUCUGCUUCACGGGGCUUUGCUGCACCAUGCCUUUUGCUCUAAGAAAUCGCCACAGCCGGUAGAAAACAAAUCUAUUAAUCCCAACGAGUUUCUCCCAGAAAACGUAACCACCUUUCGCUCCAUGCCCAUGCUACGAACCUCGGAUAUUCUGCAGAGCUGUGUUCGCAACGAAAGCUUGUAUAAUGUACUUGGUCUCAAGGAGAUCUAUAAUCCGGAUGGUUUACGCGAUGAUGUGAUGGAGGAUGUUGUCAAGUCACUUGAGAAAAUGGAGAACACUGAGUGGCCCGGCGGACUUAAAGAUAUUCAUCCCGAGGCAGAGGAAGCUGCCAAACAGUUAUUGAGCGGCAACCUGUCUACAUAUGACAUAAAGGACUACACAAGACACAUUUGCCGUCAAUUGGUGACAGAACCCAAGCCAGGUCCUUUGAACGUGUUGACCAGAAAACUGGAAAGCCUGGCGAACAAGAUGAAGCCGGGAGUCGCUCUGAAAAACCAGGCAACUUAUCUGCGAGCCUAUCAAAAACACCUGGGUGCACCCUUGCAAACGAUUGUCCAGCGAUUGAUAAAUCGGCUGAAGCAAAUGGAUCGCCUCUUUUCAGGUGGCUACGGUAGCUUCACCAGGUACCUCCAACAUCUGCUGGACAAGAUUAAGCUGGGCGACGACUUCUUGCGGCGAGAUAAUAAAAAGUUAAGCGAUGGAGUGGCCCGCAAUAUCAGUAAAUUAGUGAAAUCGGGCCUGAAUGAUUACGUUCGAAUGGUCGACGGGCCCACCAAAGUGAACAUGGACAGCUGUGAGCCCCUCACCCGAGAGGAGGAUGCAGCCAUGGUGGAGUACGCCGACCUCUGCAAUCGGAUUGUUAAGCCAAUGAAUGCCAUUUGGUUUUGGCUUUUACUGUUUUCCUUGCUUCUCCUGCCCGCCAUCUGCUGCACCCACUUCUUAAGAUGUCGUCUGAAAUCCUUAAAGAAUUAUUCGGAAGCAUCCUUUGGAGAGAGCAACUUUGUGCCCCCUGGUUUACUGCCCAUGGCUUUGCCACAAUGUCAGUGCUACAAGUACCUUCCCGUUUCAACGGAGUCAAAUGUGGACUAUCUGGAGGGCAGGGAUGACUACUACUAUGUGGAUCAAGCGAAGCACAAGAGGGAGUGAUUUUCAAUCUGUCUAAUUUGACAAUAACUUAUUGUAGAAUUUUCAAAUAUGUUUCAAGUUUAAAACACCACAUCCUAGAA